GCGGCCUUUCCCUGGGUCUAUAAAGCCAUGAGGUGUUCACUUCCAGCGGACAUUCUCUCAGCGCUCUCGUCACUCACUUUUCCACACCAUGUGGCUUCUUUUCUUUGCAGGUCUCUUAGUGGUCUCCGUCGCAAAGGAGGCGGCGUCAAACGUAGCGGAAAAGCCGCUAACUUCGACCGCUGAGGAUGUUGUUCUUCUCGAGAUAGACGUGAAAGAGCCUAGCAAAAGGUCGCCGUUGACAGCUAGUAGUGUUUAUGGUGCAUCCCCGAAUCAAUACAUUAUUAGGCAUGGUGAUGACGCUCAAGAGUUGUCGCCAGAAUACCUGUCCCUUGUGCAGCAGCAAUAUCAACAAACCCAAACUCAACAAUUUGCACCAAACAGUCAACCACCACCCAGGAGACCAGUAUCACCAUUAGCAAGACAGCAACAGCAACUUCAGACAGCUUAUCAAAAUCGACGUGUCCCAGCGAUCGCAAAUCCCAGACCACGAGCUCAACUCCAUCCCCAAGCUUUAGCUCAAGCCGAACUUCAGGCUGAAAUACAGGGCAGACAAGACGCUCUAGAUCGUGCAGAAGUUCGUGCCAGGCUUCGAGCCAGUGCUACCGAUGGUUCGGCUUAUCAAGUUGCAGCUUAUCCUGAACAAGCGAAAUUGGGAACUUUUGAGCAAGAACUACUUCAGUUGGUUUCUGCAAACCAAGCACAGGAAUUUAAAUUAGCUGUACCUCAAUCUAAGAGACUGUUAGCAAAUCAAGCUCAGCAAUAUGCCCCUCCUCAGUACGCUCAUCAGCAACAGCUCGUCAAUUAUCCAAUUCAAGCUCAACCUCAGUACAGUAAGCCUAUUACUGAGUCAGAAUUACCGGAACAGUAUCAUAUCGAAACAACAGCACCAAGGUACCCACAAGAACAGCUAACAGCCUAUCAGCCAGCAGGAGAGCAACUUCAAUAUCAUCAAGUUGUCCCAGUCCAGCAGACCGAGUAUGAAAGACCUCAAAUACCUGCUAGGCCUUACAGACCAGCAGCGCCUCAAUAUCAGUACACUAACCAGGCCGGUGCAGUUGAGCAUACACCAGCCGCAAUCGCACAAGCCCAAGCUAAUGCAGAAGCCCAGGCCUUAGCCUUCCAAAAAAUCGCUCAAGAGUCUCACAAUAAACAUCAAGCAAAUGCAUUUGAGCAAAUUCGUAUUGUAAAAGAGCGCUUCGAGGAACAGUCUGCUCUUGAGAAGAUCAACCAGGGAGCUCAAGUAAGCGAAGCUGGCAGGACUCAUAUUGAGGAACAGGUACAGCCCAAAGACCCAGAAGCAGCUUACCAAGCCCAACUUAAGGCUCAAGCCACCGCUGAAGCUGCAGCCGCAAGAAGAGCACAGGAAGCUGCUGAGUUCAAGGCCCACUCUGACGCCAUCCGCGAGGUUCAGGCUCAACAAGUAGAGCACGUGAAGCAACAAGAGCGAGCUCAUCAAAAUGCUCUUAAUUUUGAACGUAACCAAAUUCUCGCUCAAGAACAUGCUCAGGCUGUCGCUAAUGCUCAGGCUCAAGUUCUCUACAAGGCUCAUCUAGCUCAACGUGCCAAGGCCAACAGCGAAAUUCAAACGAUUGCAAAGGCUCAGCAAGAGGCAAAGAAGAAUGAUCCCGAUCACGUGUCCCCUAUUCAGUACCUUCUACCCAGCAAUGAACCACUUCCUUCCCUAAACAGCUACUUCACAAAUGAUCAGAGUCAAAAGUACCAAGCUGCCGGAUCGUCUUAUAUUCCUCGAUCUGCUCCCAAGUCAGAGGCACCAAUGCCCGCUUCAGCGGAACAGUAUAUUCAACCAGCUAUCAAUCAACCUCGCCAGGCUCAUAAGCACAAGAUUCCUCAGACCUCCCAAUCCUCAACAUAUGUUUCUCAAUCUGGCCUUCUGAAGAAAGCACCUGUCAAGUCAUUGACGAUUGAAGAAAUCAUUGAUCAAGAUCAGCAACAUGCCCCUCAAUUCGUUAGAAUUCCAAGCUCCAAAGUUCAGACUCUAACUCAGGAAGAUUUAGCUACUCUCAUCAAUGCCGGAUAUACCGUCACGCCUGUUCCAGAUGCUAGACCUACGCAACGGCCAUAUGCUCUUGAAAAUACAUCCUCGGGAUACUAUCUCAAGAAACAAAGGAAUACUGCUGUCGCUAGGCCUGAAUAUGCAGCUUACGAAGACGUAAUUCCUCGUCAAAGACCCGUUCGAAAAAACAGACCCAUUUUGAGGCAAGAGGAAGUUGAAGGAGUUGCGAGCGAAAAAGUUACUUUUUUAGUACCCGUUGAACCUGUAUAUGGUAAUAGACAAAUUUCUCAAAGACGUUCUGCAACAGCGCAAGAAUAAGCGUCUAUGAAUGUCAAUGAUUCUCAUCGAAUUUCAGUAUGGCGUCAUUUGUAAAAUUUGUAAUUCGACUCUUAACAUUGAGGAGCAUAUUGUUUAGGUAAAAGUGAGUCUAGUGCAAAUUGUAAUGCAGCAUAGACUCACUAUCAAAUAGCAAAUGCAAAAAAAUUAAGAAAGCAAACACGAGGUUUUUGUUCUACUCCUCAAAUAUCUUUUUUUUCGUUUUCUUUAAAGUCUUAUCGCGUCUUGUGUGUUGUACGAGAUAAUUUAUGGUAGGAUCGAUGAUUAAAAUCCAUGUUCCUUGCUUAUAGACUGAGAACAAUGAACCUUUUUUGCUAUAAUUUUUAAAUUUAUAAUUAGAUGUUGAACGAACUUUGAAAAUCUCACUUUCAACUUUCUGUAUAUGCGAGGAAAUUCGGCUCAAAUUGGGUAAACGAUUGAAAGUUAGGAAAUAUGUUAAUCAGUAUUAUUAUUGAAAUUAUUACAUUUCGACAGAGAUAAUAUUAUCAAAAUUUAGGUCAUACAUGUAUUAUAAUCAGAGUUUAUUCGUAUUAGAUUUUAAGGUAAAAUUCAGAGCUUGUUUAAAUAAUUUGAGUUACUUAUUUUUACAUUUUCGCCAUUACGCUUCUAUCACGAAUGCGCAUAAAAUUCUAGAUAAUUACCAGGUUCAUUUUCACGCACGCGUGGCUCUUGACACUACCAUGAAGCACAUGGGCCCUUAUUUAAUCUAGGAUGCCUCACCUUCGUUAUUGAUAUGAAAAAACGAUUGUACGUUGCGUAAUAAUACACGCAUAAGAAACUCGGCUGUGUUUGAGCAAAACAAAAAAUAUGUACUUUACCAAUUUUGGGUCAUGCCACUGUAUUUUUAUCAAUUUAAUUUAAUUUUUCUAAAUAUUCUCAAAAUCUGUAUGAAUUCAAUUUGAAUUUUACUAGUUGUUAAUAGUACUUCUUUUGUCUUGUUCUUUCACGCCUAUAAUCAACUUAUCACUUGACUUUAUUCUAAAGGUCAUUUUUCCACAAAUCAUUUUUUUUAAUUAUCACUUUUGUAUUCAUACAACUUUUUUUUAGCUUAUUGAUUAAGGCUAUGGAAAAUGACGUUUAUGAUGAGCAUGCUGCUCAUACUUUGCAAUUUAUCUAAGAGGUAUGUGCGACGGUGCUGAGUUGGACUAUUAUUAAUUUAUAUCGGUUUGUAAAUAUUAGACUUUUACUAAUAAAGUUUAUAAAAAUAAA